GCUUUGGGAUAGGCCAUCAUAACCACCGAACAAGGCGUUUUGCUACUAUGGGGGCGAAAUACCAAUCUGAACCAAGAAUAAGGACGGUUCGGGUUUAGCUCUCGCUUGAGAUAAGUUGGAUMGGAGUGCUGACGAAACUACGAUGUGAUUCGAAGGAAAUAUAAUGCCCACGAAGCUCUCCACUCUCGGGCAUGGCGGCCUGGGCCUGGGACUCUGAGGAUGCUUCAGAGGAUCCAUCCCUGAUYCACAACUGAGGCUUGAAAGGAAUCUGUAGUCUGAGCAGAAUGACUCAGCAAAAGGGGGGACCCCCCAAAUAGCAAGUGAAGAGCCGUAAGGAUGGGGGCCAAUGGAUCCAGCUAUCCACACUCAUGCUCCCCACGUAUCGGGGGAAAUACACAGGCUCAGCAGACUUUUAUAGGAACCUCAUCUUACUCUCAGCAGGGAUAUGGCUGGGAGUCAAARCUGUAUAGCCUGGAGCACGGCCACGAGCGGCCCACAGACAGGAAGAAGAAGAGCCUUGGUCUGGCAACUCUCAAACGGAGGUUUAUCAAAAGGAGGAAGUCGAGCCGCUCAGCAGAUCAUGCGAGGCAGAUGCGGGAGCUUUUGUCAGGGUGGGAUGUCCGUGACACGAACGCCCUGGUGGAGGAGUAUGAGGGAACAGCAGCCCUCAAGGAGCUGAGCUUCCAGGCCAGUCUGGCUCGUGCUGAGGCUCCCAGCUUGCAGCGAGAUCUGGCUGCUCUCUACCAGCACAAGUAUUGCACUGAUGUAGAUCUCAUCUUCCAAGGUACAUGUUUCCCAGCUCACCGGGCCAUCUUGGCUGCACGCUGCCCCUUUUUCAAAUCGUUGCUUUCUUCAUCUCCUGGUUAUGGAGCGGAGGUUCUCAUGGACAUUGACACAGCUGGUAUUGAUGUGCCCAUGUUCUCUGCCCUGCUUCACUACUUGUACACCGGAGAGUUCGGGGUGCGCGGAGCAGAAGAUACCAGGUUGCAAAACGUGGACGUGCUGGUUCAGCUUAGCGAGGAGUUUGGAACGCCGAACUCCCUGGAGGCAGAUAUGAAGGGCUUGUUUGACUACAUGUGCUACUACGACGCUCUGCUCAGCUUUUCUUCAGACUCCGAGAUGAUCGAGAGCUGUAACGAGAGAGGAGCGGUAGCUGCAGCACCAGCAGCAGUCUCAGGAGCCAGCGGGGCACUGGAGACCCCAGAUGAGGACCUCAGGGCUCACAAGGCUAUCCUCUCAGCACGCUCCCCCUUCUUUAGAAACCUUCUGCAGAGACGUAUUCGCACAGGAGAGGAAAUGACAGAGCGCACAUUGCAGACACCCACCCGAAUCGUGUUGGAUGAGUCCAUCAUCCCACGAAAAUAUGUGCAGGUUAUUUUGCACUGCAUGUACACUGACGUUGUUGACCUCAGUCUUGUGCUGCGUGGCAGCCCUUCAGCAGGCAGCCUCGGUGAGGUGCAAGCCCUUGUUUCAGGGGGCCGUGGUGCCAGCACACGCACUGAGGAGGCCAUGGAGUUGUACCACAUUGCUUUGUUUCUGGAGUUUAACAUGCUGGCUCAAGGAUGCGAAGACAUUAUUAUCGAAAGUUUGUCUCUGGACUCUCUGGUUCCUAUUCUGAAGUGGAGCUCCCAGCCGUAUGGCUCCAAGUGGGUCCACAGGCAGGCCAUGCACUUCCUCUGCGAAGAGUUCAGUCAGGUCGUCACCUCUGAUGUUCUCUACGAGCUCGGCAAAGAACAUCUUCUCAGCGCAAUUCAGUCUGACUACCUUCAGGCCAGUGAGCAGGACAUUCUCAAGUAUGUUGUUAAGUGGGGCGAGCAGCAGCUUAUUAAGAGGAUGGCGGACAGGGAGCCCAACCUGUUGAGUGGCACAGCCCACAGUGUCAACAAACGGGGAGUGAAAAGGCGAGACCUGGAUGUGGAGGAGCUGAAGGAGAUCCUGUCUCCCCUACUGCCCUACAUCCGAACUGAGCACAUCUUGCCUCCCAACAGUGAUGUCCUCGCAGAUGCGCUUAAGAGGGGUUUGAUUAGUACUCCCCCGUCAGACAUGCUGCCCACAGCUGAGGGCGGGAAAGCCAAUGCCUGGUUACGGCAGAAGAAUGCAGGGAUCUAUGUGCGUCCUCGACUCUUCUCCCCUUACGUUGAGGAGGCCAAGUCUGUGCUUGAUGAAAUGAUGGUGGAGCAGACGGACCUUGUUCGUUUGCGACUGGUGCGCAUGUCCAACGUCCCAGACACACUCUACAUGGUCAACAAUGCCGUGCCUCAGUGCUGUCACAUGAUCAACCACCAACAAAUGGCAUGCAACUCAAGCACAGCUCCGUCGGUCGUGGCUAAUGAAAUUCCAGUGCCUCAGCUGUCUGUAGUAAAGGAUAUGAUUCGAAGGCUCCAUGAGUUGAGACAUACAGAGCAGGUCCAGCGAGCUUAUGCUCUUAACUGCGGUGAGGGAGCCACAGUCAGCUACGAGCUGCAGCUUCGGGUGCUGAGGGAGUUUGGUCUGGCAGAUGGAGCCACUGAGCUCCUGCAGAAUCCAUCCAAGUUCUUUCCGGAUGAACGGUUUGGAGAUGAGAGUCCAAUUCUGGCCCUGCGCCAGGUGGGUCGUUGUCGAGUAAACAGCAGUCCAGCCAUGGACAGCAUGAUAACAGAGCUGGAAGGGGUAGUAGGUUUCCACCCACCCUUACCUCCUCCACCUCCCCCUUAUCACCCACCUGCCACACCCAGCCAUGCCCAACUCAAGGGCUCCUGGCGGCCUCGCGUGCCCCUGCCUACUCCCACUCGUUCCUUCUCCUACCCCUGCAACCGCACUCUGAUCCAGCGCCACGCAGCCUCCAAGCAUGGCAGUUCAGAGUACUCCUCUGCGCCCAGGCCGCAGCCUCCAGACUGCACCAACCCACAGGCAAUGGGACGGACUUUACUUUCAGACCAGCAAGUGAUGAGCGUGGAGCCUGUUAUAAGGGAGUUCAUGCCUGAUAUUGCGCUUGGCGUCUCAGUCAUGUCCCUGAGGGAACAGCACCUGGCAGAGAUGGACAGGGAAGGUCCUCACAGCCCUAUGGGAUCUUCAGGACACCAUCUGCCCCACGGGCCCUGCCCUUCUGCUCGCCUCAGCCACAGUUACGGUCCCGGACACGGCCAUUCCUGCAAGAGGCAUGCUCCAGAACCCAAACUAGAAGUUCAAGCCGAGUUCCCUGACCUGUAUGAUUUCUCCUGUCGACCCGCAACACCGACUUCCUCUCACCCUCUGGCCGCCUUUCCAGGACCAGAUCUCUACAGCCACAGCUGCAACACAUCCGGCUCAUAUCCCCCUCCUUAUGUUUCUGACUGUCAGUCCCAUAGCCACAUGUCGGCACGGUCUGCUCCUGACCCUCUACGGCUGGAUGUUCUCAGUAUAAAAUCUCAGAGGCAUGAGGGAGUCCUUGCCAGUCCGUCUGGGCCUCAGCCCAGGACGGGACAGUUCCCUAAGGGGCGACCAAAUGAAACGGACCUGACUCAUGGAUUAGGCCAUUUACGGUCCCCCAGUGGAAAUCUGGACGGCUAUGAAGAAAGGCACAUGGGACUGAGAGACGCUCCAGAAGAAAUGGUUCUAGGUGGAGAAUCAUCAGGUCCAGGGCCUCUGCAACAGUCCCACAGAAACAGUAUCAGCGAGGAUCUUGUCAGAGACCGCAGGUCGCCCAGCAAACCUGACUACCCUUAUAAAAAAUCGGCACUUUAAUCCCAGUUCAGGACCAGAGGUUUGAGUYGAGAAAGGCAAAAAAAAAAAGUGAUAUGUGGCUGUUCAUCAAAACGGAUGGCAAAGCACUAAACGUGUGCCUAACUGUGUUUGAGAGGAGCAGGGGGAAAAGGGGUUGUAGAUAUUGCUAUUUAUAGAAUCUGUCCUUUUGUCCUACCUCUAUCACACUGUGCUAUCCAUCACACAGUCAGGAUGGAAAAAAGUAAGUUGGUUAGCUGUUAAAGUGCCCAGGCCUGCUGGUUUAGAGGAUUAUUGGAAGUUUUGUGGGAUGGAAUAAUCUCUUGAUUUUGAUUCAUGAGGAGGAGGUUGGCUCUCGUAUGUAAAGUCUGCAUGAAGUGGUCUCACCAUUUUCAGAGCUCAGUUGUGAACUCCUGCCUAAACAAAGACUGAAUGGGUCGGCCCUGUUGUCUCUCGCUGACAACUGGAAAACCAGCGAAUAAGAAUCUGUUCAUGCAGCAUCACGUGUAAAUAUGUCCGACCAUUUUCUUUUGCUCCUGUUGGGUCUACAUUUCUUCUCGUAGCAUGUCUAUGACAACCCACCUGAGUAUCUUCUCCCUCCUGGCCUCAUGUCUUCACAGUUCAUUUGUAAUGAACAGAGACUUUGACACGCAAAGCAGGAAUUGCAUUUGACAGAAUCUAGGUCAUCAGAGCUCAUCAUUUUCCCAGUAACUGAGUCUGACAAUUGUAUCAGGCGUUAACUAUCAUAUCCUUUGUGUCUGGCUUAAAGGCCUGGUGUUUUUCAACUGGGUGGGGUCACCAGGAGGGUAGUAAUCACAGGUGGAUUCAUUACCGAACUGCAGUGGAAAAUACAAGGGUGUCACGAUGACCGACGUACAGUGAUCUAACGGCUUGCUGGGACUAGCAGCUGAAGCAGGUGUGUGUAUGUGUGUGUGUGCGCGCGCUCAAGGAUAGCUUUAAUGCACACAGGUGUUUAGACAAUCUCAGUACUGUACGCUCCCAUUUUAGUCAGGUCUUUGUACAUAUCAGUCUGAAGAUAUUAACCAGUCUGGCACAGAGUGCAGUGGCUGUGUGAAAGUUCCCAGUUACGUUUGCAUCACGUAAUCCAAUCUAAAGCCUUAACAAGUGCUUAGAUUAUUCAGUUUUUAGCUACCUUUUAUUCAAAUAAAUGUUUCAUAUCUUUUAACUCCUAUUUCAAUACAGACAAAGACUAUAUUUCUUUUCUGGAGUAUUAGUUGAUUUCACUUAAUGGUAAUAUUAAAUGCAUAUACCAAGCCUCCAUGUUCCCACCUCAUGAGAGAUAGAUAUGCAUACACAGUGCUGAUACUGUUAAAUAUAAUGCUAGAGACCUGCUGUAGCUCCCAAAAAAAAAACCUGCAAGUCCACACAUAUAAGCCUGUUACAGCUGAUAGCUGGUAUAAAACCUCACAAGUAUCUAUUGCACUGUUGGAGCCAUCUGGGUGUUAGCAGAAGGGAAGAACAAAUGAAUUUCGAACAAAAGAUGACCUACGCCGAGGAAAAGUCGGCGAUCGCUUGCACAUGUCUCUUGACGGAAAUUGUAAAUAAUGAAUUUAGUUCCACGCACUCUGAUGAAUUUUUAAUGGUUUCUAUCACAUUUUAGUAGUCGUUGAAGGUCUGUUUUUAACUGUAGUGGACAGCACUGUGUACUUGUCUUUGUCAUGAAAUCUCACUAAGAAUGUGUGGUACAAAACAUAAAGAUUGUGUUUCAGAAUCUUUUCUUAAAUGUUAUGCAUUGAGAGCUUUUUUUAUGUGGUAGGUGAUGUGAACUAUCAUGUUUGUAGAGCUGUUUCCCCCUCAUUUUUAAGUGUAACAUGUGGACGAUCUCAAGAUAUUAAUCUGCUUUGCGAUGAUGAGUUUGCCAAGCAGAAGAAGAAAAAAAAUCGUUUUUCCAUCUUAGUUGCUUCAUGGGGAAAAAAUGCAAAACUCCAGAUUCCUCCCCAUGUUCAUGUUGGGUAGCUUUUGUUUUUAUUAUUUUCCAGGACAAUGUUCCAUUGAGUCAAGGUCCUUGUUUUGCUCUUUGCUGUAGAGGAGUCAGUGCCUUCCCCUGCCUGCGGCUGGGCUUUUAUUGGAUCAGUGACUUUGAUGUCUAUGCAAGCUCUUUUCUACCAGCUUACCAGCAUGCAUCAAGUAGUUCUUUGAAAUCCCAUGUAGCUCGUUUCCUGUACAUAGUGUUACUUAGCAACUUUUUGGAAAAAAUGAACCACCUGAAAUGUGUGAUUGCUUGUGUUUUAAUUUUCUCAAGUACGUUGUACUUGUCUGAUAUAGAAAUGUGUUUGUAGAUCAAUAUUAAGUUGCAUUUAGUUUCACUGAAUCUAUUUUUCUACUGUCGCCUCGAAAGGUGCAUAACAGUGGUCAACUUUGACAUCCUCAAAAUAAACUGUUUAAUUUUAA